AUGAACUCACCAAUUUGCUCUGCAUGCCGUCAACGCCCUGCCACUUUUCGUGACUUCUGCAGCCCCUGCCUCAAGAUACGACUAGCCCCCGGUUCAGCAUCACCUCCUGACCCUCCUAAUAGUUCCGAAAUCCCCUCUCCAAUGACGAACCAGUUCAAUUACCAACAUCACCCUCAACUUCUCGCGACCACCACUUCUACUUCUGCCUACCAAGCACCGCAACCCACAAAUAAUGUCACUCAACCAGCUUCUAACUUUGAUGUGCGAGCUUAUAAACACGCAGCAGCCAGCGUGGCUGCACACAACAAUUCUCUUCAACCCCCUCACUCUACCAUGAGUUCAACGUUGGCAAUUUCGCCUCCAUUUGACCCACUUGCCCUCGCUAAAGAAAUCCGCAAUCGUACCAUUGCAGGUGGUGCAGCCAGCAAGGUAAAGCGUCCACGAGGAGGCGUAGCAACAACUACUCGGCAACGGGCUCGGCCAAACCCAGACACACCCACCUUCGAUUCAACAAACCCUAUUAUUACUUUUGUAUGUGGUUUUGAAAUAUACCAAGCUCCUAAGUGGGCAAAAGCAAAACCCCUUCCUGUGUCUCGAACAAUCAAUUUAUUAGAUCCUAAUGCUUACAACACAUUGCGUCAAGACCUUUGGUCACACUUCCAUCGAGUCUUUAUUCCAAACAACAUUCUCACAACUCUGGACCCAGCCGGUUUUUCAUUCACUUCUUUAGGCAGUACCGAAGCUACCGUCACAGCUGAAAACCUGAUGUGGUGGUUUACUAAUAAAAGCUCAAUUGAUCUCAUCUACGAUCACACUCGAUACGAACACAGCCAAGCCUUGACUAAAGCUGCUGAGCUUGAGUCCCCUGAAGCUCAGAUCCUACCUAAUUCAGCGGCUACGAAGACACAUCUAGGUUACGGCGCUCGCUGGACACAACCACUUCUCCAUAUCAAUGACGACAAAGUUGAACAAGGAAUCGAACGCUUUGGUGCAUCUCGCGAGCCUUACCUUCUCCACAGCAAACGCGGGAUUUCUUGGCAAGCUGGUCUGCAGUGGCUGCUCCAAGUGGACGGUAACACAGUUGAAUCAGACUUUGUGGCUUUUCGUUGGCACAACUCAGGAGCACCUCAAACUGGACGCACUCACACAGUCCAGUCGAUUGAUAUUUGGCAACCCAGCGGUCCAAUUGUGCUCAUCAGCAAAAUCCCGCUCAAAAAUCGCUUUCUUUUACCCCUGGUUGCACCUAUCACCACAUCGCGUCUCUAUGCUGCAGUGGCCAUUCUACUACGGGAGUUUGUGGUAUAUGGACAAAACAUACCCGGACUUUCUGACCAUGUUGACUUUUGGCAGGUACUCAGCAAACUGCGUCUUGUCGAGCAUGUCAUCAUCAGCUCACAAAUGCCCGAAGAGGACAACAAUGUCAACCCAGAUCACAAUCACAACACUGGAAUCAAUACUGAAACCGGAGUCGAAGGCCCAACCAAGGUUAUGCACGCAGAAGAAAAGUUAGACCUCCCAUUGAAAAGCUACGGUUCUUUAGAUUUCUUUGGCUUUCCACAAAUCGCAAAGCCUUCUGAAAUGGACUACCUUAUGGAUGCAUUUAUUCAUUGGACAUAUCAGCAUAGUGAAGGUCAUCGGUUUGUCACUGGCUUACGUGGUUCUGGCUCCGUGGUCACCAACCCCCGAAUUUUGGACAUGAACCCCACUCAUUCGCUAUGGAUUCAGGCAUGUAUGGGGCCCACAAAACGGCCAACCUUCGGCUAUUGCAUUGAUGAUUGUCCAACAUAG